CGCAAAACCCGGAAAAGGGAGUUGUGUCGUUAUUUCGUCAGCUGCGAAGCUAAAUCUGUCCUGCACUGUUUAGAACUAAGGAAUAACUAUUGAACAACAUUUAAUGGAACUAAUUCUGGAAUAAUUGAAGGAGUUAUUGCAAAAAAAUGAAGAAAUUUGGCUGUAUACUUUUACAGCUUCUCUUUGUGGCUCACGUCAAGUGUUGGAAUGAAGGGAGUGUGUUGCUUCGAGACGUGCAAGCUCUGACCCUAUACAAGGGCAGAUACACGUCAGCCCGGCGGUCCAGUCCCGUACCCCAACUUCAGUGCAUUGGGGGUUCCGCCGGAUGUACCGCGUUCGUCCCGGAGGUGGUCCAGUGUCAAAACAGAGGAUGGGAUGGAGUGGACGUUCAGUGGGAGUGUAAAACCGAUAUGGACAAUGCCUACCGCUUUGGGAAGGUGGAGGUGAGCUGUGAGGGCUUCAGUCAACCUGACGACCCCUACAUCCUGAGGGGCUCCUGUGGUCUGGAGUACACCCUGGAGCUCACAGGGGAGGGCAGGAGGAAGCACGGGGCUUCCCCCGGAGGCUCCAGGGGCUUUGGUGACUAUGCCUCCUCCUUCUUCAACGGCUUCUCCUCCAAUCACCACGGCAACAGUCAGCAGCAGCAGAAGAGUGCGUCGCCGCUAGGGGAGGAGUCAGGCAGCAUCUUUGGGGUGGUGGUGUUGUUGCUACUGGCGUUCGGAGUCUACAAGCUAUUCCUGAGCGGGAGCACCAACACGCAUGCCCCGGACCAGCAGGGUUACCAUGGAGAUGGAACACAGCCCCCUCCACCAGGUUUCAGACCAGACUACACAGGCUCCUCCUCCGGCUGCCCAGGCUCAGGUUACCCUGGUUACAAUGGAGGCAACCCAGGUUACGGUUUCCGCAGCGACUACAAUGGACAACAGUAUGCAAGGGGCCGAGCUGGAACAGGAACAGGAAGUGGGUUCUGGACAGGCAUGGGGGCUGGAGGACUGCUUGGGUACAUGUUUGGUAACCAGAGGCGCCAGUCCAACAGUUAUUUCAACACCAGUUACAGUGCACCCAGAUCCCCACCCUCCCCAAAUCCCACUGCCAGUACUGGAACACGCACCGCCUCAGGUUUCGGAGGAACAAAGAGGAGAUAGAUUAUGAAGAUGUCGUAUCUAUGACAACUGUUCCUUAAGUGGCCGUCUCUCAGAACAUGGGACAGAGGAAGGGGUCUAGUCAGGACCAAAAAAGGCGAACAGCUGAUUUUCAUUGGUUAAUUACUGCUGGGGUCAAAAUAAAUAAACACUGUCCUGAAUAAUAAUAAUUAUAUAAUAUAUAACUAUUAUACAAUUGUAAUGAUGAAAGUGAAAAACUAUAACUAUUCUUUUCAAGCAGUUAAAUGUCUUAUAUGAAAGAGGUUUUGUUAGGAUUCCUAUGUCCAAAGUGAGAGUUCUAACAUGUUAGAUAUAAAAGAUUCAACUUGUUCACUAUGACUCCCUACCUUAGCCCAGGAUCAGAUCAGCUUGUUUGGUUUAAGUUUCCCACUGAUCAUACUUACUAAAUGCUUGCUGUGAAGUGACACAAGUCUGUUUACCCUGUCUUAUCUGUUAAAUGAAGCAGGAUGUUUUUUUGCUUUUUAUUGUGCUUAUUUUCCUAACCACAUAUUGAGCAUGUUAUGUUGCAGGAAACAGCAUAGGUGGUGUUAAGUGGUAGGAAGGGUUUUUAUAUCAAGUGUGUGGGUGAUUAUUAAAAGUAAAAGUGAUGCUUU